CACCAUAUUGGGUAUCACCAUGUCCCUAUUCGAACAGAUCCCUGCCGUGCCCGCCGAUGGCGCCUUUGCCAUGAUCGAGGCCUUCAAGGCCGAUCCUAGCGAGAAGAAAGUGAAUCUCAGUCCGGGCAUUUACCGCGACGAGGAUGCCAACACGUGGGUUUUACCCUCCGUUAAGAAGGCCCGCUCCAUCCUCGAAUCCAACCCCAAUCUCAACCAUGACAUCUCCCCCCAACUGGGCCAUCCGGACCUCGUCUCCGUCGCCCGAGAAAUCACCUUCGCCGAUACCCUCGCCACCCGAACCAUCGUCUCGAUGCAGACCAUCGCCGGUACGGGCGCCAAUAAUACCAUCGCCCGAUUGAUCUCCGACAUUCUCCAUCCGAAACACAUCUGGCUGUCGAAUCCCUCCUGGGAGAAUCAUCCGAAGAUCUGGGCCCAUGUGGAUGCGGGUAUCGAGCAGCGGUUGUAUCCGUAUUAUGAUGAGGAGACAUCCACGCUUGAUAUCGAGGGCAUGGUUGCCACGCUCCGGCAACAUGCCGUCAAGGGAGAUGCGAUCGUGUUGCAGGCUUGCGCGCAUAAUCCUACGGGGAUGGAUCCCUCGCGUGCGCUCUGGGAGGCUAUUGCGCAGGUGUGUGAGGAGAAGGGCCUCUUUCCGAUUUUUGAUUCCGCUUAGUAUUCCCC